CCUCCCACCGUCGUCAUGUUUAAGUCAGAGUCUCCCAAAGAGCCUGAACAGCUGCAGAAGCUUUUCAUUGGAGGUUUGAGCUUUGAAACAACCAAUGAGAGUCUGAGGAGCCAUUUUGAGCAAUGGGGAACGAUUACAGACUGUGUGGUAAUGAGAGAUCCAAACACCAAGCGCUCCAGAGGCUUUGGGUUUGUCACCUAUGCUACUGUGGAAGAGGUGGAUGCAGCCAUGAAUGCAAGGCCACACAAGGUGGAUGGAAGAGUUGUGGAACCAAAGAGGGCUGUCUCGAGAGAAGAUUCUCAAAGACCUGGUGCCCACUUAACUGUGAAAAAGAUUUUUGUCAGUGGCAUUAAAGAAGACACUGAGGAACAUCAUCUAAGAGAUUAUUUUGAACAGUAUGGGAAAAUUGAAGUGAUUGAAAUCAUUACUGACCAAGGCAGUGGCAAAAAGAGAGGCUUUCCUUUUGUGACCUUUGACGACCAUGACUCUGUAGACAGGAUUGUCAUUCAAAAAUGCCAUACUGUGAAUGGCCACAACUGUGAAGUAAGGAAAGCUUUAUCUAAGCAAGAGAUGGCUAGUGCUUCUUCCAGCCAAAGAGGUCAAAGUGGUUCUGGGAACUUCGGUGGUGGUUGUGGAGGUGGUUUUGGUGGGAAUGACAACUUUGGCCGUGGAGGAAACUUCAGUGGGCGAGGUGGCUUUGGCGGCAGUCGAGGUGGUGGUGGAUAUGGUGGCAGUGGUGAUGGCUAUAACGGAUUUGGUAACGAUGGAAACAACUUUGGAGGUGGUGGAAGCUAUAAUGAUUUUGGCAAUUACAACAAUCAAUCUUCAAAUUUUGGACCCAUGAAAGGAGGAAAUUUUGGAGGCAGAAGCUCUGGCCCCUAUGGUGGUGGAGGCCAAUACUUUGCCAAACCACAAAACCAAGGUGGCUAUGGCAGUUCCAGCAGCAGCAGUAGCUAUGGCAGUGGCAGAAGGUUUUAAUUACCGCCAAGAAACAAAGCUUAGCAGGAGAGGAGAGCCAGAGAAGUGACAGGGAAGCUACAGGUUACAACAGAUUUGUGAACUCAGCCAAGCACAGUGGUGGCAGGGCCUAGCUGCUACAAAGAAGACAUGUUUUAGACAAUACUCAUGUGUAUGGGCAAAAAACUCGAGGACUGUAUUUGUGACUAAUUGUAUAACAGGUUAGUUUCUGUUCUGUGGAAAGUGUAAAGCAUUCCAACAAAGGGUUUUAAUGUAGAUUUUUUUUUUUGCACCCAUGCUGUUGAUUGCUAAAUGUAAUAGUCUGAUCAUGAUGCUGAA